AAUAAGCUUAUAUACGCUGCAGUUCUACGGAUAACAACAAAUGACGUCAUAUUUAUGCGUCGAGUGAGACGUUUCUGCAGAAGACGCUCAUUCUUACAAAUUUAUCAUCUAAAUAUAAGACAUCCAACGAGAUGGCGAUUUUCCCCAGCUCACUGACAGAAGAAGAGGAGGCAUUGCAAAAGAAAUACGCCAAGUUAAAGAAAAAGAAAAAGGCUCUGUUAGCUCUGAAGAAACAGAGCUCCACCAAUCAGACAAGCCAAACUGGACUUAAACGCACUUUGUCAGAUCAACCUGUGGUAGACACAGCGACAGCAACAGAACAGGCGAAGAUGUUGAUCAAGUCUGGAGCCAUCAGUGCCAUCAAAUCAGAGAACAAGAACUCGGGCUUCAAGCGCUCUAGAACACUUGAAGGGAAACUAAAGGAUCCAGAGAAAGGUCCCGUUCCAGCGUUCCUGCCAUUCCAGAGGAGUAUGUCCACAGAUGAAGAGCCUCCUGAUUCUGCUAAACGAGUCCACAGGAAAUCCCUGUAUGAGAGUUUUGUUACUAGCGAUCGUUCUCGUGAUGAGGAGGCUGCAGUGUCGUCCAGUCGAGAUGCUGAGCGUGAGCGAGAGAGAGAGUUGGACUGGGAGAGAGAUCGAGACAGAGAAAGAGAGCGGGACAGAGAAAGAGAGCGAGACAGGGGGCGCGACAGAGAGCGGGAACGCGAUCGCGAUCGAGACAGGAGCCGAGAAAGAGAGCGAGAUCGAGAGAGAGACCCACCAUACAGGCGAUCUGAUUCGUAUCCAGAGCGCCGAGGUACACGUAAGGGAAACACAGUGUAUGUAAACGGCACAGGUUUGGUGGAGGACAGCUUGCGCUCAGCAUUUGCCCAACAUGGCACCAUUAUCGACCUUACUAUGGACUCUAUACGCAAUUGUGCCUUUGUUACCUUUGAGAAGAUUGAGUCUGCCGAUCAGGCCGUUGCUGAGCUGAAUGGCACUACAGUGGGUGAUGUCAACAUCAAAGUCAGCAUUGCCAGGAAGCAGCCCAUGCUUGAUGCCGCCACAGGGAAAUCUGUCUGGGCUUCUCUUGCCGUGCAGAACAGCGCCAAGGGCUCGUACAGGGACAAACGGAGCCAAGUCGUCUACAGUGAAGAUUAUCUUAAAUAACAUGAUUAUUUACAGUUUGCAAAGAUUUUUUGUAUUCUUACAGCAAGUUUUGUUUAUGAUGAACUGAUAACAUUAAUCUGUUACUUUUCAAGCAUGAGCUGUGGAUAUUUGGUCUUUAGAGUACUCCACAGCUGUUUAUUUUUCAGUGCUUUAAGCUCAGUCAUGGUUUAUGUUGUUGCGAUCAAUAAAUAACUCAAUAAAGUUUUCCGUCGGCCAUUCAAU